AGAACAUCAAUCGGUUUGUGUACUUUUAGCGUUAACGCAGCAGCUUGUCUGACAUUAUUGGGGCUAAAAUGGAAGUGUGAAAAUUAUGUUCAAUAAUCAAGGCAUACAGCCAGUUAGUGUUGUUUUUAACAACACGAAAAACUGCUUUCUUCACCUCCCAUCGAAGUUGAUAUUGUAUCUUUCCUUGAACGAGAACCAGGCUUUGGAGCUGUCCUGGGGCAAUGGGCCUCCUGUGUUCCUCAGCUGGACUCAAAGCAAAACUACCUCCAGCCCGGAGAACCACAAGGUGGAAUUGUGUCGGCAGCUGGGAGAGAAGCUGGGCUUAAAAGAUGGAGAGCAGGGCUUUCUACGACCAUGUCAUCAAGUCUCAUCAUUGAACCAGGUGUUUGUGGAGCCCCUAUCAUCUGAUGACUGGGAAAUCUUGGAGCUUCACAGUUCUGCACUGGAGCAGCAACUACUGGAUCAGAUCAGAGUGGUUUUCCAAGAUGCCGUAUUUCCUGUUUGGGUGGACAAUCAUACAGUUAUCUACAUUAGAAUAGCUUCACUCUCUCCGUGUGUGCCCUAUGGUCGUCUGGAGCAGUUCACAGAACUUGUAGUGUCUCCGAAGAUUCGUGCUGAAACUGGCAAUCUCAGUGAUUUUCCUGUGAGAUCCAGCCAGAAUCAGCAGUUUCACACACAGCACAAUUUGAAUUACUCCUCCCCUUCCGGACCAUCAUCAGAUAGCGCCGCUUGCAUCCCUCCCAGCCGCAGGUGGGGUGGCAUCGUUGAUCUAAAGAGCUUAUUUCAUCAUAUGAUAAAGGGAAGCUGUGACGCAGUUAGAGAGCAACCACCAGUACCCGAUGUUCCUGCCCUCUUCCCUGAUUCUAUCUUCAGAGUGUGCAGUGUGCCUCCUGACUCUCUCUGCACCAUAAGCCAUGUUGCUACUGGUGUUAUUCACAUAUUUCCUUGGAGUCCCUGUUUGAAUGCCACACUAAGUGGAGUUCAGUCUCCAGUGACAUAUGGCCUUCUUUCCAAAGUUCUAUCCCCUAAAGAAGCCAGAGACAGAAAUAAGCAGGCCAUGGAGAAAAAGAAGGCUGUAGGAGUUGGCAAAGAUGAUGCUCCUGAUAAAGAAGGAGGAGAAGUGAAGAAAGAGGAAUCCAUAGUGGUCAAAGCAGUAUGCCAUGGCACUGAGAUGCUGGUUGGCAAGAAUUUUCAAAGAAAGGGACAGAUCCAUAGUGGAAAAGUGUGGAUCCCACAGCCUCUCACCAGCAAGUUGAAUAUCCAGCCAUAUUCAACAGUAAGAAUUAAACCUGUGAAAACAACCAUCAAAGUAGCUUUAAAUAUUCGCCUGCAACCUUUAAAACCUCUGCCUGAGGAGAAUGAUGAAGAGGUCCAGACAGCUUUCCUUGGUUGGCUGCACACACAGAGUCACCAGCCUUUAGCCUGUUUGACUGAACGUUCUGGCACCAUCCUCUUACAUGGAAAUGAUACGAAGUUGGAGUUUGCUUUAACUGUGCUGAAACCAGAACCACAGAACGAUCCUCCAGACCAGUUGUUCCUGCUAGCACCCACUGUUCUCCAGAAUGAAGACAUACAGGUAGACAGACAGCCGGUAGAAGUGCCUGCUGUGAAAACUGUAGCUGGAACGCCUGAACCACAGCUUCCCUCCCUCAGUAUUCUUGGCGGGAUUGAUGAUCUCAGUCGCAAUGGAUUUGAGUUUAUCACCCACAGCCUUCUGGGUACUCCUCUCUCAAGAGAGCUUGGCAUCACUGGAUGGGGACUACAAGGAGGAGCAUUACUCAUAACUGGUGCCAAGGGAAGUGGGAAGAGCACUUUGUCCCGAGCUCUCUGCAGGAAAGCCAGAGAGGAGCUGGAUGCACAUGUGGAGGUGGUGGACUGCAAAAAGCUACAAGGCAAAAGGGCAGAAACAGUGAGACAGAUCCUACAGGAUGUUUUUGAACAGGCUCAGUGGAGGCAGCCCUCUGUAGUUCUACUCGAUGACCUGGAUCAUUUGACACAUACACCAACCUCACCUGAACAUGAACAUGGGCCUGAGGCACUGCUGCAGCAGCAUAUUGCACAAAGUCUGAAAGAUGUGGUGGAUGAACUGGUGGCUCACUCCAGCAUGGUGUGUGUGAUCAUCACCAGCCAGAGUGAGCACUCCCUACACCCUUCUCUGACAGAGGUGCAGGGCUCCCACUUCAUCCAGGGAUUUGUAAACAUCCAGCCACCAGACCAGGCCCAAAGAGCUGAGAUCCUGUGUCAUCUGAUCCAAAGGAAGUUCUUCUUAUCUGAAGAGUCCUUGCACACUCUUAAUCUCGGGGCUGUUGCCAAGGAGACAGAGGGAUACACAGCCCAAGAUCUUGCUGUGCUUUUGGAGCGUGCUACCCAUGCUAACAGAAUGCACACAGGACACAGUGACCAUGGUGUGUGUCUGUCAUGGAGAGACUUUGCACAGGCUCUGAAGGGAUUCACACCUCCCUCAUUGUGGGGUGUAGACCUUCACACACCAAGUGGAGUUGGACUGGAGAGGGUAGGAGGGCUAAGAGAGGUGCGGCAGCAGCUAAUGGACACCAUACUGCUCCCUGCUAAGUAUGCUGUCCUCUUCUCCAAUCUCCCUAUCCGGCAUCGCUCUGGAAUUCUGCUAUAUGGAGCUCCUGGUACAGGGAAGACACUGCUGGCCAGCGCUAUAGCCAAAGACAGUGGUAUGAAUUUCAUAAGCAUAAAGGGACCUGAACUUCUGAGUAAGUACAUUGGAGCCAGUGAACAAGGAGUCCGUGAUGUCUUCCAGAGGGCACAAGCUGCCAAACCAUGCAUCCUGUUCUUUGAUGAGUUUGACUCUCUGGCCCCAAGGAGGGGCCACGACAGCACAGGUGUAACCGACCGUGUGGUCAACCAGCUCCUAACCCAGCUGGAUGGGGUGGAGGGCCUACAAGGUGUAUAUGUGCUUGCAGCCACUAGCCGUCCGGAUCUAAUUGACCCAGCUUUGUUGAGACCUGGAAGACUCGACAAGUCCCUCUACUGCCCCCCUCCUGACAUGGAGGCUCGUGUAGAGAUUUUGAAGGCUCUGAGUGCCGGCAUCUCCCUGGCUCCUGAUGUUGACCUAGAACAGCUGGGAGCAGUGACAGAGCAGUUCACUGGUGCAGACUUGAAAGCCUUACUCUACAAUGCACAACUGGAAGCUGUUCACAACAGCUCAGUCACAGACACACCACAUGAGCUGACCUCUGGUUCAGAUAGCGACAUAAGCCUAUCGUCCAUGAUCUUCCCACACAACAGCAGUGGCUCAGAUGAUUCUGUUGGAGAGGGAGACCAAAAUGCAGGACUGGACCAAUCCAUGGUUCUUCUAGAGUCAAGUGAGCUUCAAGCAGAGGAUGAACAAUCCCAUGGCAAUGUCUGGAGACUGUACUUUGGAAGUUCUUACGAGUCAGAGGUGGGAUACUCACCGAUUUCAAUACUGAACUCGCAGUGCAUCUCUGGGCCAACCUCAAAAACACACAACUUAACCGGUGGAUCAGUCCGUGAGCCAGUCAGCAGUCUCCCUCCUGCUUACAUGUCCUCCAUCCAGACUGGAUAUGAAGAACUUGGCCAGGAGCAGCUGGAGCGCCUUCAGCAAGACAUUAAUAAUAUAAAGAACAGCUGCAGGAGAACCAAUGAAGAGUGUGUCUGGUCUCAUUCAGCCUCCAGCCAACCAAGCCUGCUUCUUUCUCUGGCUCAUUUAAACGCUGCUAUGGCUGUGACCAGACCAUCCCUCAGCCAGGCUGACUGGAGCAGAUACACAAAACUGUAUGAAGACUUCUGGGGUUCAGGAAAAAGAAAAUCUCAUCCCUCUGUCACAUUUGAACCAGGAAAACGUGUGACUUUAGCCUGACUGCACACAUUAAUCUGACACACUUGAUUCAUUACUUACCAGUUAAUACAAUGUUUGUAUAAUUUGUUCCUACUGAUUUCAUGAUAAGUAAUUUAACUGCUUGGCAUGUAAUUACUGUACAUAUAUACAAAGCCAGAUUAUAAAUAGUAUAAUUCUCAAAUGUAAAUUAUUUGAAAUAUUUUCUGUUUACACCCACUGAAUGAAAACAGUAAAUGGUUCCUAAUGAAUGAUUCAAAGUUACUGAAUCUUGCUGUUUAAAAUGGUUGCUUUUUUGAAAAUCCAGAAGUACUUUUAAAUAGAUUUUAAACAAUCACUUAAUAAAUAAAUAAAGGCUCU